GGAAAUUUCAAAACUUACCAAUAUCCUCGGUAAUUGCACUAUGUAGCAUAACGACGAUCAGCAGGGCGAACAAAUAUUUCUUGCAUGCGAAAGCAAGCAUUCUUGACGUUCGAAUCUUAGUAUGAAAUGGUACAGGCUUAGCUGCAAACUGACAAGUAUCGGUUCGCGAUCGAGCGAGCAUCGAUAGCACACGACUGACGAACGCGAGGCCGUGUACAACUACAAUUAACCAUAUUCUCCCACCAUUCUGAUUGUCUUGUCAGCUACCGGCUCGGACACUGUUUUGUGUUUGCGUGUAUUCUCUAGUUUUACCGGCUGAGUCGCUAAUCAUUUGUAGCGAUCUUUUACCAUCUUCUAUUUUACGAUGAAGAUGGUCAAACAUUCAAGGAAACGGUACAUUCAUUGUUGCGCGAUCCAUAUGAUUCACUCAGUUCGAUAUAUCGUAGAUAAGCGGAAAGAUAACGAUUAUCACAGAAGGGUGUGGGUUGCUUAUCUUCCUAACGAGACCAUACCGUUUCUUACUCAGUUGCCAUUAAUAUCAAGAUGAACGUCCAACUUUUCAAGCUAAUUCUAUUCUUCGCGACUUUCCAAUCGCUGUCAUGUUUUCAACUGGACACACAGGAAUAUGGAAACGCAAAAGUCGGCGAGAGAUGCGAGAGAGAUCGCAAUUGCAUUCAACAUGCAUUUUGUUUUACACACAUGACUUGUCAGUGCGAUCAAUAUUACUCGCCUACUCCUGAUAAAUCGAUGUGCAUCGCUAGUGCCGGAUUAACAUGCACGGAUGAUUCGGUAUGUUCAUCGAUGACGAACGCUGUGUGUAGACAAGGAAUAUGCGCAUGCAAAGAUUCGUAUAUUUUAGAUAUAAAUAAUUCUUCAAAUUGUAUCGUUAGGCCAUUAGUGGUGGGUGAUCUUUGUCAAAGGACCGAUGAGUGUCAGGACACGUUUGAUCGUGCCAUGUGCAUCAAUGGACGCUGCCAGUGUAUCACGUCUUAUCAUUUCGUCAAUGCAACGGGGAAAUGUAUUCAGACACGAUUUUUAUACAAUUUAUGUACAAAAGAUUACGAAUGUGUAGACUUCGAUAACAAAAAUAUCCUUGAAUGCAAGGAUGGUCAAUGUGUUUGCAAAAACGGACAAGAAACUUGUAGUAGAGGUGCUACGCUCACUUCUAUUGGAAUUUUUGUGGUGCUUUUACCUUUUAUAUAUUGACUGAUUUAACAAAUAGACGUCAUCUUUCUAAACAAA